GCGGACUCGGCUGAGACAUCCAAGGUGGCUGAGAUUUGGAUCCACGUGAAAUGGGAAGGCUCUGUCCCACUCAACGACACUGGUCCUGUGUAUAUUGUGGCUUUUGACACUCGUUCGACCCGUUGGGGAGCAGUCAAGGACUCCUGGGAUGAAGCCACGUGCCCGGAGAAGCUGAAGGUGGCAACGAUGACGCGGAAGCUGGGCCAGUACAGCCGAAGUCGGAGGUACUGGUUUCGAGUCCACGUGCACCAGGCAUUGGCAAUGCGAGAUUGGCACUUCGCUCUGCUCACAUGCGGCAAGGUGGAGCAGGCUCCCUUGCUGCUGGAGUUAGAAGCCGCUGACGGCGCGCUGUCCAUGUUCCAGGCCAACUCCUACUUCCACACAAGCAGCUGCCCGUCGAUGCCUGAUGACUGGUGGCAGGUCGCGCAGGAAGCCUUCGGCUUCUGGCUGGUCAUUGCCUGUACACUUGGCGCCGGUGGUGCCAUGGGUGCAUGCAUUGGCCCUUUGAGAAAGCGCUGUGCUCGGAGACAGUUCGACCAAAUGGCCCUCGCUCAAGGGUCCGAGCCAGUGGUCGGCAAGCCUUGUACGUUGCUUGGUCGAACCAAUGCCGGGAUUGUGCAAGGACAGCCGCAUGAGGCCCAGAAGGAGACCGUGAAGGGCAGUAGCCCACCUACUGGCCAGGAGAGCGUGUAA